UCAAAGUCUCACCAACAAAAAGUCAUGAGAUCUCUCACAAUUUUUUUGUUUCUCUUCUCACUUAUUUUGAUUGCAAGUCUUUGUGAUGCAAGAGCAGACCCUGAUAAUUACUGGAAAAUUGUAAUGAAAGAUGAGCUUAUGCCGACGACUCAGGAUGCCCAAAGCCAAGAUACACAAAGAUCAAGUGGCGCGGAUAAUUACUGGAAAAUUGUAAUGAAAGAUGAGCUUAUGCCGACAACGAAUCAGGAUGCCCAAAGCCAAGAUACACAAAGAUCAAGUAGCGCAGAUAAUUACUGGAAAAUUGUAAUGAAAGAUGAGAUUAUGUCGACAACGAUUCAGGAUGCCCCUAAGCCUCCUAAGUAAAGUUAUUCAGUCAUCGUCA